AUGCCGAACCGCAAAGGCGGCCGGAACGCCUACUACUUCUUCGUCCUGGACAAGCUGCCCGAGCUGAAGCGGCGCGGCCUGGACGUGGCCGGCGUGGCGGACGCGGUCCCGCACUGCUCGGACGACUGGGCGAUGCUGACUGAAGAGCAAAAAGCAAAGUAUGCAGAUAAGGCUCGGCUGUGGAAAGCUAAAAAAUCGGAAGCUGGAGCAAAGGCGGUAAAUGACAAAUUGUAUGGCCAGGUACUGACACCUCUUCCUAGGCAAACACAGACAGUUCCUAUUGAAAGCCUUACCAAGAGAGUUCCUAUUGAAAGCGCAUCCAGGAAGUGUGGUCAAGUUGUGCAUAAAGAUGUAUUUUAUAUCCUGGACAUUUUCAGCCAUGGAGAACUGCCUCCUCAUUGCAUUCAGCGUUUUCUCCCUUGUGAAAUUGGUUGUGUCAAGUACUCGCUUAAGGAAGGCAUAAUUGCAGACUUCCACCUUUUUAUAGAUACUGGAGCGGUUCCCCGGGGGUUUCGGUUUCAUUGCCAAGCUGCAGGUAAUGCCACUCAUAGGAUUCCCAUCUCCGAUUCUGAGCUUGCCUCUGCAAGUCAUUCUGUUGUGUUUCGUGACCUGUGCAUGUUCAUCCAGCCUCAUAGGGACAACUCACCGCUCAUGUAUUGUAAGUCUGAUGACCUCUUUAGGGUGAACUGGUGUCUGAAGCGCAUAGCUGAGGAAGCAGGUACAACAAAUCAGCUGAAGCUUCUCAGUGUGGAAGACCUUAUGGUGGAGCUGUAUCAGCUCAAGUUUGGAAAGGAGCCUUCCAAGACUUGGGUGUGCAACACACUGGAUACUUCCAUGUGGGACUACUCCAGCAAUACUAGGUGCAAGUGGCAUGAAGAGAAUGAUAUACUAUUCUGUGCCCUCGCUACUUGCAAGAAAAUUGCAUACUGUAUCAGCAACUCUCUAGCUGACCUGUAUGACAUCACACUAACGUCAUCUCAUUUACCAGUGCACGACAAGGAUUCCCAAAGUACAGUGAACCCUAAGAUGGUAGUACUGGAUGCUGGACGUUUCCAGAGCGCGAAGGCCCAGAGUAGGGGAAAUGAUAGGUACUUCACAUCUGUUAAUGAGGAUAAAGAUGACAUUCCUUAUGCUGUUGAGCAUCCUUCAGGAGUGAAGAGAGUGAAUGAAAUCAGCACUGGCCGUGGAAGAGGAAUUGUACGCUUUCUGGAGAGCAUGUCCAAGCAGCCCAGCAGUUGGAAAUUUAUAAGUGCUUCCUAUCCAAAAUAGCUCUGAAUAGCUGUGUUUCC